AUGCUGAAGCCCAUCGAUGCCUUGUACUGCACUACGAUCGGGGCCACUGGGAAGAACUGGCAGCUUGCCAUUCUCCUGUUCCUGGAGAUCGGCGAACGCUCGCUGCCCUACGAUGCCAUGGCUUUCGGGGCGACUAUCAAGGUUUGCGCUUCUGCCGGGCUCUGGCAGCUAGCGCUGUGGCUCCUGACCGAGAUGGCCAGCGAGCAGCUCCGAAAGAACGCCAUCGUGUGCAGCGCAGCCAUUACGGCCUGCACUCGAGGGGAGCAAUGGCCAGAUGCCGUCGCCCUCUUCGAAAGGAUGCAGAGCCGACAGGUCGACAGCGACCUGGUUGCCCACAACGCAGCCAUGGCGGCCUUCGGGGCCGGUGGACGGUGGCUGCAGUCCUUGCGGAUGCUGCCCCCGGUGGGGAGCAGCCACAGCUUUGGCAUCGCCAUCAGUGCGUGCCAAGAUGCAGCGCAGUGGGAGGCGGCUCUCCAGAUGCUGCCUUUAUCUGAGACGCGGGUCGAAACGAACGCAUUUAUGUACAGUGCGGCCAUCAGCUCUUGCGCCAAAGGCAGCGCUUGGCAAGUGGCGAUCUGGCUGCUCUCUGCGAUGCAGCUUUCGAGGCUGGAGAGCAGCCUCAUAGCUCACAACGCGGCCAUUGCAGCGUGUGAGCAUGACGACCAGUGGCAGCGUGCUCUUUUUUUCCUGGAUAGCCUCCAACAUGAGCAGCUGCGGAGCAACAUCAUCACCUAUUCUUCCACUAUCAAUGCGUGUGCCAAAUGCGGGCAAUGGCAAAAGGCCUUACAGUUGUUCGCAGACCUGGCACCCCUACGAAUUUCUCCGAACAUCUUUGCCUAUGGUGCGGUACUGGCUGCCGUCUCGGAUGCUGUCGAGUGGAGCCAAGCCUUGGCACUGCUGGGCCGCUUGCGGGCCGAGGGCAAUCUGCAGAUGAAUUCGGUCGCCUACAACGCGGCCAUUCGUGCAUGCGAACGAGCUGGGAUGUGGCAAGUGGCCGUCAGCCUUUUCGAGGAGAUGGAUGUGAGGCGCCUGGCACCAGACCAGUUCACCGGAAGUACCGUCGCGCCUGCAUUGGCUGCAUCGGGAAAGAGGCAGGCAGCGAGCCAUUUUCUUUCGCGGUUGGAGGAGCAGUCCGUGCAACACGAGGCGAUCGCCUACAGCGGGAUGGUCAAUGCCUGCUCCAAGAUGCAGGAGUGGCAGCCGGCCUUGGCUUGGCUUCUCUCGGCGAGCAGCAAAGGUUUCUGCUCGAAUGCCAUUGCAGUUAAUGCAGCCGUCUCUGCUUGUUGUGAGUCUCGCUGGGGGUGGGCGCUGCUGCUCCUCACUGAGUCUGCUCAGUUUAUGGAGGCGGAGGAGCUGGCCGAGCUGGGAUUGGGCCACGCCGUUGGCAGCCUAAGGGAUGUCAGCCAAUGGCAAGAAGGCGUCCACUUGGCCAAGGAGCUGCGGUCCUUGCGGGCAGAGCUGAACAAUGACGAGAAGACUACGGUGCUGUCCAUGGCAAUCGCAGGGUCGCUGGGCACGGGCUCGCGAUCCGUGCAUUGA